CUUAUAAAGACAAUCUAGUUGGCUUUGCUGCAGACGGCGCAAGUGUAAUGAUGGGUAGUAAACAUUCUGUGAUGGUACUGCUGAAGAAGGAGAUUCCUGGCUUGUUCAUUCUUAAGUGCACCUGUCAUUCAUUUCACUUGUGCGCGUCGUACGCGUGCUCGAAACUUCCACGUGUUGUUGAAGAUCUCGUGCGGGACGUCUACAGUUACUUCAACUCAAGUCCUAAAAGAGAGCUCACAUUGAAGAAAUUCCAGGCUCUUCUUGAACUGAAGCCGCACAAGCUUCUUCAUCCAAGUCAAACAAGGUGGCUCUCAUUGCUUGCUGCAGUCGACCGCUUUCUAGAGCAGUAUGAUGCCCUAAAGGCAUAUUUCGCAUCUGCGGUUUCCACAGAUAGGUUUUUGGCAUCGGAAACAAUCUACCAGAGGCUGCAAGAUCCUCUGAACAAGUUGUUUUUGAUGUUCCUCAGCUUCGUUCUGCCUCUCUUUAACAAUUUGAACAAACAAAUGCAAAGUGAUGCUCCACAGUUGCACAAGCUCUUGAGAAGUGCAGAAGCCUGCGUGAGGACAAUUAUGGAUUGUUAUCUCAAGCGAUCCUGCACACAGGCAGUGGAGGUGGCAAAAGUUGAAUUCAAGAACCCCAAAUGCUUUGUGUCAUUGGAAGACAUGUACGUCGGCGGUCAAGCAACUGCAUUCCUGUCAUCCAGAGAAUGUUCAGUUACCACUGAGCAACGUCAGUUCUUCCGCUUAAGGUGCCUUGAUUUUUACAUUGAGAGUGUCGACCAAAUUCUGAAGCGUAUCCCAAUUCAAGAGCCGGUUUUAAAACAUCUCGAACUCCUAGAUCCUACUGUGUCCAUGACGGGGAAGGUAGCGUCUCUUGCACCACUGGCGCAAGCCUUUCCGAAUUUAGUCUCCGGCAAAGCCUUGCAAGCUUUGGAUACCGAAUGGCGAUAUUUAAGAAACGCUGAUAUCCCGACAAGCGAAGAUACCUCGUUGCACGAGUUCUGGGCAGUCGUGUUUACUAAAAAGCAGUGUGAUGGAAGCGCCGCUUUUCCUGCAUUGACCGAGUUUGUGACGGCUAUGCUGUGUUUGCCGCAUUCUAGUGCAGCAGUUGAGCGGGUAUUUUCUGCUGUAAACAACUUGAAGACAAAACUGCGGAACAAGCUUAGCACGGAGACUAUCUGUGGCCUUCUGCACACGAAACGCCUGAUGACGUCUUCAGCAUGUUACAGCUUCAACAUUGACAGGCCACUGAUAAGGAGAAUGGACGACUGGCACAAGGAUAAGCAUGAGUGCAUUUAA